AUGACUGGCUGGUUACGUCUACUCUCAGCAUCUUCCUCGAGCACCUCACAGUCGCUGCGAAUGCACGAGCCCUGCUCUGUCGUCGAUAGCCCUUCUCGAGGGGGAUUUCUGUUUCCUUGUAAGAUGCACGGGACAAGUAUGGGUUUGAGGAUGGGCGGUUUCGAAGCGCUGCGCUCACAGAUAUCUGAUGACUAUGAGACCCGGCCUUGGGAGCUGUUCAUAUUCGCUUCGCAGGUGGACGACAGGGUUCUAGGCAGGCAUGUUCUGGAAAGUAUGGACGAUGGGACGUUCUUUCAACGAGGAUGUGUUGAAAAGAUCAACAGACUUCAACACACAUGGGCAUUGGCGGUAUACCAGGCGUUAUUAUACAACAAAGAUCCAAAUUUGGAGUUGAAGGUGGAGUGUGACAAGACGCAUAUAUCGGGGAGGAGGUGGGAUGAGAGGGAGAGGGUGGAUGUGGAUGCGGGGGGGUAUAUCAAUUUGGCGGAUUGGAAAGAUAAUUUGAAAGGGCGUUUGUUUGGUGAUGUGUGA